GCCCGGACGUUCCGGGGCGCGGGAGGGCGCUGGUGCUGAGAGGAGUCGCGGGCGGUCGGGCCGCGUGGGCUCUCACGAGGUAGCUCGCGGCUUCCGGCCGCGCAGGCCCGCUCAAGAUGUCGUACAUGCUCCCGCAUCUGCACAAUGGCUGGCAGGUAGACCAGGCCAUCCUGUCGGAGGAGGACCGCGUGGUCGUCAUUCGUUUCGGACACAACUGGGACCCCACUUGCAUGAAGAUGGACGAGGUUCUGUACAGCAUCGCCGAAAAGAAAUGGAAGAUAGUGGGAGAUCUUUCUCAUCUUGUGUGAGUCCUGUUUGGAUAUCCCAGCUGUUUUAAAGCAAACGGUGCUGGUGUCGCUUGUGCUCCGUGGCAUCCUCUGUGGCUUUCGAGCCUGACAGGCCUG